AUGGUGCUCCUCCUGCCCUGGCUCUCGCGGUGUCGCCGCCUCCUCCUGCCUUCCAGGCCGCCGGCCCCUGGCGGCUCCCGGAGAUGCUGCUCUCAGAGCCCCAGGACCAGCACAAAGGAGCAGGCCGGCUCCAGCGGCCGCGGGAAGACAAGGCCCCCCGCCCCGGGCCCCGGGCUCCCUGCUGAGCUGGCCCAGGCGGAGGAGCUGCUGGAGCAGCAGCUGGAGCUGGCCCAGGCCCUGCAGGAAGGGCAGGAGGGGGCCUGGGAGGCGCAGGCCCUGGUGCUCAAGACACAGAAGCUGAAGGAGCAGAUGAGGAGACUCCGAGAGAGCCUGGGAGGAGGAACCUAG